AUGAUCGAAACUCCAAGCAAAUCCGAAAAGCUCGUUGAAGACGAUCAGGUUGAAUUAGGCUACGACGGUCUACCUAAAGCCAUAUGGGACGAUAUGGUCCACAAUGAGCGGACUAUUUUCUUCUCACUCAUGUUUCUCAAUGCAUCUGUCUUAUGGGCCUAUUAUUCAUGUCUAAGUGCUCAAGACUUUUAUUCGGUUGAAUUUGCAAAUUCUGGUCUUGACUUCUCAUUCCUUACAACACUCUGUACGUCAUGGCCAAUGGUUAUUGGACAAGCUGUUCAAAUGAUUUGGAGCUUGGACAAGAAACUUACACAUGAGUUCCGAGUGCAUGUUGGUUAUGGUAUUUUUAUUCUUAUGGCUAUCCUCAUUAUGGUCUUCAGUGCUAUUGAUUUUUCGAAUCAAACGACUGGUGGGAUUCUUGUUCUCAUUUGUUUUGGCUGUAUUGGGUUUGGAAAUACCUUGUCCGAGGCGACAUAUUAUGCAAUUGCUGCUUUAUUUCCAAUUCCAAAGUUUUCACAAGCCGUGCAAAUUGGAAAUGGAACUGCUGGUAUCUUGAAUAUUUCACUGGCUACACUUCUUCGUCUUGCUGUUGGUGGUAUACACCAGACAGGUAGUUCAACAAGCCUUGCAUUCUACCUCUUUUUUGGACUUUUAAUUCUUGUGCUUAUUGCUGCACUCUUUGUUUAUCGUCAUCUUACGAAUCUACCCUGUGUCAAGUUCUUGCUAGAACGUAACGCUGAAUCAGCUAAAGAAGAACAUUUGACUGAUCAAUCUCUACGCAAGACACUGAGCAAUCUACAACGCAUCUUUUGGCUCAUUUGGAUGCCUGCUGUGACUCAAUUUCUCGUCUUUUUCGUUUCAUUGUCGGUUUUUCCUGGUUUCGGAUGUGCUGCAUCACGUAAUUUCGUCCCUCCAUAUUCAGACGUUUCACAUACCGUAACUGCAAAUUGGUAUUGUGCUCCUGGGAUUGUUGGAUCGUACAAUUAUGGAGACUUUUUCGGACGUAUAUUGACCAGUGCUGCCGUAUACAAGCUACUCAGCAGUGAUAGAUGUUUUAUUCUCUCGAUCUUGCGCUUGAUGUUUAUCCCGCUUUUACUCAUGGGUGUGGCAGGCACGUCACUCUAUGCGUUCGGUCAUGACGAUAUGAUUGCCAUUGCCUACAACAUCAUUCUCAACCUAUUUAUUGGACUUUCGAAUGGGUUGCUAUCGACUGUGACAAUGGGAGUUGGUCCACGUCUUUUAAAUCCAGAAGAUCGGGAUUCCGGUGGUGCUGUCAUGGUUCUCUCUUUGUUUUUAGGAAUAGCAGGAGGAUCCACAUUGGGCUUUUUCUUUAGUGAUCAAGGUUGGCUUGGGUUAUAA